GUCAUUUCGUGUCCUCAGCUAUGCAAGCAAUCAGGUCUCUACUGAUAACCAGCUGGUCGUCUGACGUCAGCCUGGUUGGGAAGACAGCGAUAAUCACCGGUGCCAACACAGGCAUCGGCAAAGAGACAGCCAAGGACCUGGCAAGACGAGGUGCACGAGUCAUUCUGGCCUGCAGAAACUUGGAAAGAGGAGAGCAAGCUGCUCGUGACAUUCUGACUGAGGUGCAGGGAGCCAACAUUGUGGUCAGGGAACUGGAUCUGGCUGAUACCAAGUCCAUCUGCCAGUUUGCUGAGAAAAUCUAUGACACUGAGAAAGCUCUUCACUACUUGAUCAACAAUGCAGCGGUGAUGAUGAGUUCUUUUGCCACCACAGCAGAUGGAUAUGAGAUGCACUUUGGCGUCAAUUACUUGGGGCAUUUCUUCUUGACUUUCCUGUUACUGGACCUGCUGAAGCAUUCGGCUCCAUCCCGGGUCAUCAAUGUGGCAUCGUCAGCUCACGCGCUGGGAAAAAUCCAGUUUGAUGAUCUGAGUGGCAAGAAAAACUACAACACUAUCCGGGCCUAUACGCAAAGCAAACUGGCCACCGUCCUGUUUACCCGAGAGCUGGCCAAAAGAACAGAGGCUGUUGGUGUAACAGCGUAUGCAGUGGACCCUGGUUACGUGAACACAGACAUUUUGAGACACAUGCAGAAGAACCCUUUUCUCAGCCUUGUCAAGGGCUUCAGUUUCCUGCUGUUGACCCCAGCAGAGGGCGCCUACACCACCAUCUACUGCACUGUGACCCCAGAAAACCAGCUGCUUACCGGAGGAUACUACAGGAACUGUAACGUUGCUAAGAGCUGCAGGGCGGGUCAGGACGAUGGCACCGCUCUCAAGUUGUGGGCUGUGAGCUGCUACCUGCCGGAGAUCUGCUGGAGAUGAGAAGGCCACCUUGAAGCUCCACUCCUCCAUGUGCUGUAGCGUGACCCAUCUCCCUUAAACAAAUGCCGUCUGAAAGGUAUUCACAGCACUUCACUUGUUCCACAUUUUAUGUUACAGCCUUAUUCCAAAAUGAAAGAAAUUCA